CUGAUUGCUUCGCGGAAGACUCCGAGCGAUUCCUUGAUGGAUACGUCUCAUAUGCCUACGCGAUUCCAUCGAAAACGAGCAGAGCGUUUCAAUAAAAAGGUUCGUCAGGCUCAGCAACACACAGAACGGGCUGCUAUCUUUGGCACGGUCACUGCUGGGGAGUUCUCAAAGGAACCUGGAGAACGAGUUACUCAAAAAGAUAUUCUUGCCGAAGUAGAUAUUGGGUCAGCUACAAAACGGUUCGACAUAUCAUUGCGCGGUGGUCCCUAUGCAAUUGAUUACUCUAAAAACGGAAGGUUUCUGGCUUAUUGUGGGAAGUCGGGAAAUGUGGCUGGAUUUGACUGGUUAACUAAGAACCUUCUGUUCGAUAUUAACGUCGCUCAGGAAUGCAAGGAUAUCAAAUUUCUACACCAGGAAACUUUCAUUGCCGUCGCUGAGCCAAAAUCCACUUCCAUUUAUGACAAUCAAGGAAUCGAAGUGCAUUGUAUCAAACAACUGCAUCAGAUACUCCGUCUGGAGUUUCUUCCCUACCAUUUUCUCCUCGUCGCAUCGGCUGCAAACGGGUUCAUUUAUUAUUUGGACUGUACGGUCGGCUCAGUUGUGUCCUCGCUUCCUACUUAUAUGGGUAGGCUGGGGGUGAUGUGCCAGAAUCCUUCAAAUGGAGUUAUUAUCACCGGACACAAUAAUGGCUGUGUGUGUAUGUGGAUUCCCUCUGAGAAAUGUUCUGUCGUCAAAAUGUUUACACACCAAAGUGGACUAACGUCUGUCGCCUGCGAUCGAACUGGAAGGUAUUUGGCUACUUGUGCUCUGGAUCGUAAGCUCAAGGUAUGGGAUGUCCGGUCGACCUACGAUCCGCUGUCGGAGAUAAAUCUACCAGUUUCUGCUUCCAGUAUGGAUUACAGUCAGCGAGGUUUGUUGGCUAUAGGCGCUGGAAACACUGUACAAGUUCUGAAGGACCCUCACUUUGGAUCGAUUGGCUCCACCUCCUCUGGCACCGUCCUACCAGAACAGGAGUUCAUUGCUGAUGGUGUGACUCGGCGUGUUCUGACUAAUGCCUACCUAAACCACUAUGCAGUGCGACCUGUACAUCGAGUUCGAUUUUGUCCGUAUGAGGAUGUGUUGGGUGUUGGCACCAGCGCAGGGAUCUCAUCUAUCCUUUGUCCCGGAAGCGCGGAACCUAACUAUGAUGCCCUUGAAGAGAAUCCCUUCGCCAAUAAAAGAUACCGCCAAGAACGAGAAAUCAAGCGCUUGCUCGAUAAGAUCCCGUACACGAUGAUCUCAUUGGAAUCACUAGUCGGUAAAGUCCGUCGUGAAGACAUCUUGGAGGAAUGGGAAAAGAAGAAGUCUAUGUUGCUCGGUGAACCCCUCAAAAUACCCAUGCCUGAGGUGAACAAGAACAAAAGGAAAGGUCGUUCUAAACCAGGCCGCAUCGAAGCCAAAAAACAGCACAUACGUCUUGAACGAAAAAUGUUUAGCAUGAAGGCCGCUCUCGGAGUGACCGGACGCAAACGACCUCAGAAGCAACAAAGCAAGCAUGAAGAAAAAUCAAAACCCAGCGACAUUCUAGUCUCCCGAAAGAAAUUGGCUAAGAAACGCAUCAGAUCCGCUCUCGAUGUGCUGAUCCCUCCUGUAGAUUAA